UAGAUUGAUUAGUAUGCCUGUCAAAUUGUCAACAGCUCAUUCAUGCCACUGGUCAAAGGAGGACAACCAGAAUGUAAUUUAGUCGUUCUAGAGAUAAGUUCGUUCUAGAGAUGCAGUUUAGUCGUACGCUUCAAGUAGUGUCUAGUAAACGGAUUGUCCAUCUUAAACUGCAGGACCACUGUAUGUCUACAUAUAACAAUGAAACGGAGCAACCAUCAGCCCUGCCCUGAGAUUCGACAAAUGGAAGACAACCAACCAGCGCCAGCUUCCACAACCACACCUUUUGCCGUGAAUCAACUGGAGCUCAAGACCAGAGCUGAGUUUGUAAAAUAUUACCGUCACCUCACACUUGACCCGAACACAGCAUACAGAGAGCUUUCUCUUUCCCAGGGAAAUAGGAGUGUGGAACUUAAAGAUCAAGUGCAGGACUAUCCCUACCGCCCUGAGAGAUUCACCCAUCUUUGGCAGGUGAUGUGUAAAGAACAUCUGUCCGAACGCUCCUACUGGGAGGUAGAGUGGACCGGUUCAAUAGAGAUAGCGGUGUGUUAUGAAGACAUUGGCCGGUCAGACUAUUACCACGAGUGUGCGUUUGGGUGCAAUGAGAAUUCCUGGAGUUUGGAUUUGAAUAAAAACAACCGUUGUUUCCGCCACAAUGAUGUUGAGAUUUCAUUGCCGGAGCAUCAGUUGUCAAGAGUCGCUGUGUACCUGGAUCACAGCGCAGGUGUUCUGGCCUUCUACAGUGUUUCCGGCGACACUUUGAGCCUCAUUCACAGAGUCCAGACCACUUUCAUGAAGCCCCUCUACCCUGGGUUGUGGGUUGCCGACCACGCUGAUCUGUGUGAUCUGAGGUGAUGACAGAAUGGUUCCGUUUUUUCAAUAAAGGCUCAAGGCUCAGGAUUUAAACUGGAGCACUGGAGGGAGAACAAAUAGGGAAAAUUGUCAGGAAAAUUGUAGGGUUUCUCUAUCAGGGUAAAAUGUAACUUAAAAUAUAUUGAUCUUAUAUUUUUUUUAUCCAUAAUGCAUAUUACUGUAAUUUCGAAAUAAAAUGUAUCACAAAUCCUGCUAAAGCUUA